UACAACUGCAACCAUUUCCAGUUUUGCUUGAAAGCACCACACUCCCUAACCCUCCCUCACUUCCAAACGAACCUCUUGCUCUGCUCUGCGCUGGUACUGCCUCGGCCCUGUGUCCUCUCGUCUCAAGCUACGGAGCCCCACUGUUCGGAUACUACAGGCCAAUGACUGCCAACAGCGCAAAACUUGAUCUGCACUACAGGAUGCAUCACAGGAAAAGCGAUUCCGGAGAACUUCACGUCUUCGAAGCGACGAGCUACUUCCAUGGCGAAGCCGUAGAAAAAUGCAAUCUGGCGUCCUCCGUGAAGAAUUCUGCUGUCUUCGGUAAGGAUGUGAAAGAAGGCUGUGUAGCUGCGGAUGACUAUUUCAACGGCGAAGCCACUUAUCAUCCCCAACCGCAGAAGGAAGACAAGAAGCAAAGCAGUGAGAAGACGGCCAAGACUCCGAAAUCACCUGGAAGCAGACUGGCCAACCUUCUGAAUUCUCUCUUCGCUGCGGCGGCAGGAAAGAGAAAACCGAAGCCCACCAAGGUGGUUGAUGCCAAGGACUCUCAUGAGAGCCCCUGCGGGAGGAGGAGAAGAAGCAGCAUUAGCCACCUGCAGAGUGUUAGCGACAACUCUGCCAAGUCUUUAUACUAUUCCUCCUCUGUUUCCGGAUUUGAUGUCCCUUCCUCAGACUCUUCAAUUGCAAGAUUUUACAGAGAGUUCAACGACGUAAAGAAUGAUGAGAAGAUGAAAUUUUAUCCUCGAACCAGAAGAUCGUCACUUACACUGUUCCCUUCAACUGGCGAACCAUUUGAGAAGAAGUGUACAAGUAAAGCCUUGUUAGAUCAGAGUUUCAUUUUCAGGGAAUCAGUUUCGGCGGAAAGGGAAGGCAAUAUCUAUAAGCGGCGUUUAUGGAAGAAAGAAGGCUCUAAUGAAAAUGAUGGUCUCAUUAAUGCCUGUUUGAUGGAAGGUGGAGAUCAUGAGAAAGAGAACAGGUACAUUGGUGGGGAAAUAACUCGAGGAAAGGGAGGCGAGGGGAUGAAGCGGUCCGUUCAGCGACCACACGAGAAGGGAUCAAUUAGGAAGAUGGAGGCUGAAGAAGAAGACGGAUUCAUGAGCGAUUCGAGUUCAGAUUUGUUUGAGCUCCAAAAUUAUGAUCUUGGUCGUGAUUACUCAAACCGAAUGCCUCUUUAUCAGACCGACUCACUUAGGUGAGAUUGGGAAAUAAGCAGCAAUCUUUGCUUGAGAAAGCAUGUCCCAAUUAUUAACUGCUCUAGUGGAAAACCAAUAUUUUAGUUAUGUGAAUCUAAAGUGUACGAUGAUGGUUGCUUUGAAAACUAACUCUUGAAUUUUUUUUUUUCUCCUUGUGUUUCACUUUGCAAUGUAUGUGCAUCAUUGAAUUAAUUCC